CGCAUGCGCUUUCCACAUGCAAUGCCUCGCGGAGUUGCGAGCUGAAACAGGACUGGUAUCACAAUUACCUUCAGUGUGCCAAGACAAAACUCAUCGCUGGAUAUUUGGGUCAUCGAUUUUUUUUUGGAAAUGUAUCACACAAUAUCAGAGGCUUCUGUUUCGCAUUGACUGCGUAUCCUACACGGUUGGCUCUUUAACAACCCCAAAGUGCAUAGGGGUAUGUGUCUUUGAAUAGUAGUCCUGUGUUACUUGUCGCUGAGGUAUCUGUUGUCCACUAUUUAGUGCACCUGUGCAAUUGUUUAAUGUUAGACCUACGAGAAGAUUGGGAAAAUAAUGUUUGGAGCAAGAGGACCGAUUACAGCUCUAAGAAUUCCCUUCCUCCAUACAACACAUGCAGGAUGAUGGAGCACAAAAUGAAAGUGUUGCAGAGAUCCUUGGCUGCGUUUUGGCAACCGGCCGUAACGAGCAUCUUCUGUGGCUGUUCUUGGACCAUAUAAGAGCCUGUGAGCGUGAUGGGUUCUUUUAGGCGUCCCCGUGCUCGUUUCAUGAGCUCGCCAGUGCUGACGGACCUCGCCCGAUUCCACGCCAGUUCGCCUGCACUGCAGCUAUCCAAUGCCAGUGUGUGGAACAGUGUCCAGUCUGCUGUCGUCAAAGUGUUCCAAGGAGGAAGCUUGCAGACCAAUGAGCUCUUCACCCUCAAUGAAAGCAUAAGGUGGCUUCUGAAAACAGAACUUGGCUCUUUCAUCACUGAGUACUUUCAGAAUCAACUUCUAAACAAAGGCCUUGCAUAUAUACUCGAAAGGAUUCAGCUAUAUGAUGGUGAUGAUCAGCUCCUCAUCCUGUCUGAGAUGUGGGGCAGAUUCUUCACAGAAACCCUACCGACCCUCCAGGCUAUUUUUUACCCAGUGCAGGGUCAGGAGCUCACAGUCAGACAGAUGGCAUUACUGGGCUUCAGAGACCUUGUGCUUCUAAAGCUUUCCCUUGAGACUCUGCUGCCUAAUGCCCCUCUUCCUCACCCUCCUCCUAUCACACAAAUGCUGCUCAUCCUGCAGGGCAUCCAUGAACCCAAUGGGCCUACUGAGGAGUACUGCCUUCUUGAGAGACUGGUGGGUAUGGUCAUCUCGCCAUAUCUGGGAAACUACCUCAGUUGGAGCAACAGGGAACAUCUUCCAGAAUGCAGACUGGGCCUCUCCAGAUCGCAGUAUAGCCAGCCAGAGAUCAUGAUCACACAGUUUGUGACCGACCAACUCGGACCCCUGGUGGAACAAGAGGGUGAGGCCUACCUGGAGAAAGCGGGUGGCAUACGACGACACACGGUUGCCAAUGCCCACUCAGACAUUAAACUCCUCACCACAGCCGGCAGAAUGCUUUCUGGGAAAGAGGCCGGGGGGGGCAGUAUGGCGAGUAACACAUUCUCCAGUGAACCUGACAUCCUAGAGUCCCCAGUCAGGGUGGUUGGGCUGUCCAGACGGCAGAGUUCGGCGGACCUCAUGUGUGCACCACCCAGCUAGCACGGUCACUGGAGACAGCCUUCUAAAUACAAACCCAUUCUGGGAGGUCUAAAGCAACCUCCCUGAAGAAGAAUUUGUGUAAAGGAAGAUGUUCACUGAUGGAGCCCUAUCGGUAGAUGACUGCCUUUCACUGAAUGAAAAGUUCACGUGACAGUGGAACAAAUGCUGUCCAGCUGUAAUCGUUGGAUUUUUAUGCUGCUGUGUUCUAGCAUGCGGCCAGAUACCUUAUAGUAGUGGAGGUACAGGAAGCUGAGACCCUGGGCCGAGACAGGAACAGAGGUCUCUGUAAGCCCAGGGAGGACAGGCUCCUCUGGGCCCCAUCCACUAUGGAAGUGCCACUGGGGUGUGGAAUUCCAGUCCUGCUGAGUCUCACCACUUAAUUUACAAAGACUUCAGGUAGUAUUAACACAAAAGGUGCCAGAGACGGGUUUACAUAGUGUAGCCCUUCGGGGAGCUUGUCCUUUAUCACUUCCAGUUGCUUGAGCCUCUACAGAAUGUCCUUAUCAUGCACAUUGAUAAACAAAAUAUUGCCUGAAGAGUUGGAUGAACUGCACAUGGUUAGUUAUGGAGCAGUUCUUUUUUGGUGAAGGGAGGCUCUGGUACAAAAUAUACAUGUGAGAUUUUGUACUGUAGAUUUUUGACAUUUAUUUGUUUUCCAUGUUUUUUUUUUCAAUUAAAUUUAUGAAUAAAAUGUUUCAUGAUGUGUAAGGAAGUGAAUCAUUAAUAUUCUCUUGAAGUGCCUCUGGAGGAAUACUAUUAAGGAAUUAUACUGUGUAUAUACAGUAUAUAUAUAUAUAUAUCCUAGAGUAUAGUGCUCCUCAUGGACCCCCCCCCCCCCCUCUCCUCUCCUCUCUUGGAUCUCCUCUCUUGGAAUAUGCCCAAUCUGUGAUCUAUUCACGGGUCCUGGAGUAGAUAAGGAGCUUUGGUGGCCUUAUCCCAAUGCUGAUCCUCUCCUGGGAAACCCUUUAGAGCCACGCAGUACCCCGCCACCCUUUGCCUGUAAUAUACUUUUGUCUAGCAGCGGUGUAAGCCUUUCUUGCCUUUAAAUCUCACUGUGAAAAUUGACCUCUGAAGGUGAAACUGACCAUGAUCAUGGUCAGGUGCAUUUGUUGGUCACACUUUAUUUGGACUGUCCCCUAUAGACUAUCUACAGAUGCUCAGAUUCCAAACAAAUUAUCUGUUGAAACUCUGUUAACUACAAUUUAUGGUUAAGAUUAGGGUUAUGGAUUUGGUUUGGUUAUGGUGAUGUUCAGUGAACAAUUACAAAGACUGAACUUGAAUUUCAACAAGUCUGUAGGUGGACUAUCCAAAUAAAGUGUUACGCAUUCGUUAAUGUAAGCCGGAAGUCCUACAUUUUUCAUUUAGACGUUGUGUUGGGAGUGAAAAAAAAACAGGAAUUGUAUGAUUUCACCAUUUAAUUACAAUUUUGGUGUCAUGAUUCAAUUAGCUCAAGAUUCCUAAAUAUUCAUUGUUAUGAUGUAGUCUGUCUUAUCACAUACAAAAGUCAUAUACAGACGUGGACAAAAUUGUUGGUACCCUUCAUUUAAAGAAAGAAAAACCCACAAUU